UGACGCUGUACCUCAAAACAGGAAGUCGGACCUGGAAGACUGCCACACUCAGCUGUAUUGUGUAAAACGACCGUUUGGUGCGUGGCGAAUUGAUCGAUGUUACACUUACUUCUCGUUGUCACUUCCGAAGAAGAAGAGUUCGUGACUGGGAGCGGCUUUUCCUAUAACUAGGGCCCGUCUCAGUGGAGGCACAACAACUCCCCUCUUCCCCUCUGGACAUUGCUUGACGAUCGCGACUGCCACGACUGCAAUGGCUAUGUCUACAGACACCCCAUUAUUCGAAGGCUUUGUCGACACGACCAUGGACGCCCUGCGCCUCAUCGAGGCUGCGCGCAGAGGUUUGAUCCCCAGGGUCACCCGUCGCUUGAAUGACUUCGAGCGGCGCACUAUGGUCAAAAGCGGAGCCGUCUUCAUCUUCAGCGUCGAGGAGAGCGGCAUCAAACGAUGGACGGAAGGCUUGGCCUGGUCCCAAUCCCGUAUUUCUGGAAACUUUCUCCUCUAUCGGGAGGUCGCGGACCGAAGUGCUCGCACUUCACAACAGCUCGCGGACAUACCAAUGUACCCACACAGGGCCCACCUUCCGGAACCACAGCUCAGCUACAAGCCGCGCGGCCUCGUGAAGAAGACAAUCACGGUCAAGAUAGACGGGUCCGAUUAUCACCUCAUCUCCUAUUACACCCAAGAAGACCUCGCUACCGGCCUUUUGCGGAGGCCGACAAGCCACCCAGAUCUCAUGGCGAUCGAAAUCCCUCCGGAGCUCACGCGGUCAACGAACUUCCGCUAUCCGCCAAAUCUUGAAGAAGCCCAUGAGACAGUGGGUUCCCAUGGGUGA